AAAGUAUAAUUGCCUAACUUGAUAAGAUUCCAGGAAAUAGACGCUACCACAUAUGAUAUGAAAGGCAUCAUCUUCUCUUUAGUUGCUUGUGUUUUUGUGUGAGACCUCUUUCAAAAUCUUAACCCUAGAAUUAUUAAUUUGUCUAUUUUUUUUUUUCGUUUGAAAACAUCAAUUCAUUCAUCUCUAGAUCUAUUUGUACCUUCGAUCAUGAAUUUCUUUGGUAGUGUUGUACGAGAAGAAGCAUCUUCUUCGUCUUAUCACAACCAACAACUUAAAAGGCCUAGCAGUACUACGGAGCUUAUGUUGAUGGAUUCAUCUACUUCUGAUGCAAUGAUUGAAAGAGAACAUAUGUUUGAUAAAGUAGUUACUCCUAGUGAUGUUGGUAAGCUCAAUCGUUUAGUCAUACCCAAACAACACGCGGAGAAGUAUUUCCCUCUUGAUUCCUCUAGUAAUGAUAAGGGGGGACUUCUAUUGAAUUUUGAAGAUAGUAAUGGGAAGCCAUGGAGGUUUAGGUAUUCGUAUUGGAAUAGUAGUCAGAGCUAUGUAAUGACUAAAGGAUGGAGCCGUUUUGUGAAGGAGAAGAAACUUGAUGCUGGUGAUAUUGUUUCAUUUCAGCGUGGUGCUGGUGAAUUGUCCAAGCAUCGUCUUUUCAUUAACUGGCGUCGCCGUCCUCAUGAAAACAUAAACAAUCAAUUUAUGAUGCCGCACCAGUUUUCUGAUGGACGGCUCUUUCAUUUACAGUCAUAUUACCCAACAACAUUUUCGAGUAAUUUGUUGCUAGAAGGAGGCAGCAAUAUCGGUCAGCCUCCUAAUUCUUAUAAUCCACAUAGUUACAUGUAUGGAAUUGGUAAUCUUUCUUACAAUAUGAGUAAUAGCGCUGUGAUAAAUGCAAACCCUUUGAAUAAUGAGAUAAGAUGGGGAGGUUGUAGUAAUACUAGUAACUAUGUGGAGCCAAGGGUGUUUGAUUCGGUCCCAGUGGUUCAAGGUAAAGUGGCAGCAAAGCGAUUCAGGCUGUUUGGAGUAAAUAUGGACUGUCCCAUGGAUCACCCAGACACCUCCUCUAUCCCAACAACGACUUAUUCUCAUUUGAACAACAACUCAAUACCCUCUGAAGAAUCAUCUAAAAAAGGCAAGUCCUUCGAUUUGGAUAUUUGAUCUUCCAUUACUAUAUUUCUACCAGAAUCAAUGUGCAUAUACUAAUGUUUCACCCCUCACCCAACGCGGAAGGGGUGAAAUUACAAGGAAGGAAGAAAAAAAAACAUUAAAAGUAUACAUACAGAGAUCAAUCGAAGGGGUUCUCGGUUAAUGUCAAAUUAUGCAAUGGAGGACGAAAAUAGCACAUUCAAUGUAAUUUAUUUCGACACAGAUGUUCAUGGGAAGUCUUUGAGAUAGAAAGAGUACUAAUUUUCAGGUUCAAUUUGUGUAUAUUUAAUACUAUACUCUACCUAAUACUAUUGCUAUAUCCUCUCAAUGUUGUUUUUAUUUUUAUUUUUAAUUUCUCAAGAGCAAGACAUGAUUUGACCAUCA